GCCUGACCUGCUGUGCUUUUCCAGCGUUGCACUUUUCGAUACUGACUCUCCAGUGUCUGCAGUUCUCACUUUCACGUCAAUGGCUGACAGUCACUCGAUUCAUCGGGAGCGCAAUGGUUUUCAACUGAUUCUGUGAGAAAGAGCAAAGCUUUUUGGUUCCUGUUUCAGUACAUUUUCAGCGUCAGUGGGUCUGGAUGAGAGACCCUACUGUUGCAGCGCACUGAGUUGGAGAGUGUAACAGCUGUACAGCCUGGCAAGAGGAAUUCACGGGAGGGAGGGCCUGUACACGCAUUUGUGUGCAGCUGAGGCUUCGGCCAUGGCGAAACCCGAGGAAUCCCGGCCAGUGGAGAAACCAUGGAAGUGCGGUGACUGUGGGAAAGGCUUUUGUGCCCCAUCUGCCCUGGAAACUCAUCGGCGCAGCCACACUGGGGAGAGACCAUUCUCCUGCCCCGUCUGCAGGAAGGGCUUCAGUAGUUCCUCUGCCGUGCUGACCCACCGGCGGGUCCACACGGGGGAGAGGCCCUUCAGCUGCCCUGAGUGUAGGAAGGGCUUCAGCAAUUCCUCCUCCCUGCUGAGGCACCGGCGGGUCCACACAGGGGAGAGGCCCUUCAGCUGCCCCAAGUGCGGGAAGGCCUUCAGCGAUUCCUCCACACUGCUGAAGCACCAGCGGGUUCACACCAGGGAAAGGCCCUUCAGCUGCCCCGAGUGCGGGAAGUGUUUGACCCAGGCCUCUGACCUGCUGACCCACCAGCGGGUCCACACAGGGGAGAGACCCUUCACCUGCCCCGAGUGCAGGAAGGGCUUCAGCAAUUCUUCUGACCUGCUGAAGCACCAGCGUGUCCAUACGGGAGAGAGGCCCUUCAGCUGCCCCGAGUGCGGGAAGGCUUUCAGUGAUUCCUCUGCCCUGCUGAGGCACCGACGGGUCCAUACAGGGGAAAGGCCCUUCAGCUGCCCUGAGUGCGGGAAGGCUUUCAGCAAUUCCUCUGACCUGCUGACCCACCGGCGGGUCCACACAGGGGAGAGGCCGUUCUCCUGCCCUGAGUGUGGGAAGGCAUUCAUCAAUUCCUCCAACUUGCUGACCCACCGGUGGAUCCACACCAGUGAGUGGCCCUUCAGCUGCGUCAUAUGCGGGAAGACCUUCAGGAAUUCCUCCACCCUGCUGAGACACCGGCUGGUCCACACAGGCGAGAGACCUUUCAGCUGCCCUGAGUGCGGGAAGGCCUUCAGCGAUUCUUCCACCCUCCUGAGGCACCGGCGGGUCCACACGGGGGAGAGGCCGUUCCCCUGUGUCGACUGCGGGAAGGCCUUCAGCAACUCCUUCAACCUGCGGACCCACCGGCAGCUGCACACAGGGGAGAGGCCGUUCACGUGCUCUCAGUGCGGGAAGGGCUUCACCCGUGCCUUCCACCUACGGAGCCACCAGCGAGUCCACACCGGGGAGAGGCCGUUCUCCUGCCCCGUCUGUGGGAAGGGCUGCAGCAGUUCCUCCAACCUGCUGACCCACCGGUGGGUUCACACAGGGGAGAGGCCCUUCACCUGCCCCGAGUGCGGGAAGGCCUUCUGCAAUUCCACCAACCUGCUGGCCCAUCAGCGGGUCCACACAGGAGAGAGGCCCUUCAGCUGUCCCGAGUGCGGGAAGGCCUUCAGCAAUUCCUACAACCUGCUGACCCACCGGCGGGUCCAUACGGGAGAGAGGCCCUUCAGCUGUCCAGAGUGCGGGAAGGCCUUUAGCCAUUCCUCCACCCUGCUGAGGCACCGGCAGGUCCACACAGGGGAGAGGCCAUUCCCCUGCACCGAGUGCGGGAAGGCCUUCAGGCGUUUCGACACCCUGCUGAGUCACCGGCAGGUCCACACGGGAGAGAGGCCCUUCAGCUGCCCCGAGUGCGGGAAGGCCUUCAGCAAUUCCUCCAACCUCGUGAUCCACCGGCGGGUUCACAGGGUAGAGAGGCCCUUCAGCUGCCCCGAGUGUGGGAAGGCCUUCAGCCAUUCCUCCACCCUGCUGAGGCACCAGCAGGUCCACACAGGGGAGAGGCCUUUCCCCUGCACUGAGUGUGGGAAGGCGUUCAGGCAUUCCAACACCCUGCUGAGGCACCGGCAGGUCCACACGGGGGAGAGGCCCUUCACCUGCCCCGAGUGCGGGAAGGCUUUCUGCAAUUCCUCCAACCUGCUGGCCCAUCAGCGGGUCCACACGGGGGAGAGACCCUUCACCUGCCCCGAGUGCGGGAAGGCCUUCAGCAAUUCCUCCAACCUGCUGGCCCAUCAGCGGGUCCACACAGGGGAGAGGCCAUUCAACUGCCCCGAGUGUGGGAAGGCCUUCAGCAAUUCCUCCAACCUGCUGGCCCAUCAGCGGAUCCACACGGGGGAGAGGCCAUUCAGCUGCCCCGAAUGUGGGAAGGCCUUCAGCUGUUCCUCCAAUCUGCUGAGGCACCAACGAGUUCACGUGCCAUUGCAGGGGGAUUGAAAGUGUGACGGUUGACUGCCAUUAUCGACUGGACUAUCAACCCAGUUUGGAGGAUUCCCAGGGUUUGAAUCCCACGGCGGGAGAUGGCAGAAUUGAAAUUUGGUCAGAAACCUGGAGUUCAGAAUCUGACAAAAACCCAUCUUUUGGGAGGAUGGGUGUAAUGGAAAAUUAUCCAUUUACUGUGAAAUUUAAAGAGAAUGCUUUUCCUUAAUUCAAUGCUUUGUAAACGCUGCUUUGAUGAAGGUUUGUCGUUAGCUUAUCUCCGUUUGAAUUCUGUAAACAUUCAACAUGACCUUGCGAUAAUCGAACUCAGCGAAAGCUGAAGAACUGUUAUGUCUAGGACCAGGGGAUGAGAGGAUAACAACUUGAGUUUCCCCCCCAGCCUUUGCCCUUGAGAGUGUGAUAAGGAACGCAUCUGUACAGUGUUUCAGUGCUCUUUGCAUUGAGGCAUCUGGCUUAGUGUAAUGAGUCAAUCCUGCAGGAUUUAGAAAUAAAGAUCCUUUCUUUGCUCUGGCUAA